AUUAAGCAGUACUGCUUUUUACCAAGUUACCGGCAGUAUAUGUCAGUUUUACUGUCUGGAACGAGCAGUGAUUUUUCAGGUGUUAGAUACAAGCACGAGUGAAAAUUCCGUACACAAAAACCAGAAGAAAAUCGUUGCUUUUUUUCCUCCCUCACUCAAUUCUCCCUGCCACCGUCGUCGCCACUCCAAGAGAAAAGUAAACCUCCAAAAGUCGCCGGAAUCCACUGCAAUCCACCGGCGAUGAUAGCCGGAAAGCAACAGUUACAGCAAUCUCAGCUGUUUUCUCUAAAGGGGUCCAUCCUCACUCUCUCUAUUCUGACCCUAAUUUCCUUCACUUACUUGUCCUUCAAAUCCCUCCGCCCUCCACUCCCUCUCUCUCCUGCCACUCCUCAGCUCACUCUCCUCCCCUUCACCACCACCUCCACUCCUCCCUCUCCCGCUCGUAUAUUUGCCAGCAAAAAGGAAAACAAUGUCGGUGAAGGAGAAGAUGACAACGACGAAGACGACGAUUUGAUUACCGAUGUUUACCAUUCACCGAAGCUUUUCAAGUUGAAUUUCGAAGAAAUGGAGAGGAAAUUCAAGAUUUACAUUUACCCGGACGGUGAUCCGAAAACUUUUUAUCAAACUCCCCGGAAACUCACCGGUAAAUACGCCAGCGAAGGUUACUUUUUCCAGAACAUUCGCGAGAGUCGGUUCCGAACGGAGAAUCCACAUCAAGCUCACCUCUUUUUUAUCCCAAUUUCUUGUCACAAAAUGCGCGGCAAGGGCACGUCGUAUGAGAAUAUGACAAUAAUUGUUCAGGAUUAUGUAGAUAGUUUAAUAGCUAAAUAUCCUUAUUGGAAUAGAACACUAGGUGCCGAUCAUUUCUUUGUUACCUGUCAUGAUGUGGGUGUUCGUGCAACGGAAGGAGUUCCCUUUCUUGUAAAGAAUGCCAUUCGUGUUGUCUGUUCUCCAAGCUAUGAUGUUGGUUUCAUUCCCCAUAAAGAUAUUGCUCUCCCUCAAGUUUUGCAGCCAUUUGCUCUUCCGGCUGGUGGAAAUGAUAUUGAAAAUAGGUUUUGCAGGACUUCGCUUGGUUUUUGGGCUGGUCAUAGGAACUCAAAGAUUAGAGUUAUACUGGCUCGUGUGUGGGAGAAUGAUACUGAACUUGACAUUUCGAAUAAUAGAAUAAGCAGGGCUACUGGACAUUUUGUGUACCAGAAGAGGUUUUACAGAACUAAAUUUUGCAUAUGCCCUGGUGGCUCUCAGGUCAAUAGUGCUCGCAUAGCUGAUUCAAUCCAUUAUGGAUGUGUUCCUGUAAUAUUGUCCAACUAUUAUGACCUGCCAUUCAAUGACAUUCUUGAUUGGCGAAAAUUUGCUGUUGUCCUUCGAGAGAAUGAUGUGUAUGAUCUUAAGAAGAUUCUAAAGAACAUAUCUCAUGACGAAUUUGUUUCACUACAUAAGAACUUAGUUAAGAUUCAGAAGCACUUCCAAUGGAACUCACCACCUAUAAAGUUUGAUGCAUUCUACAUGGUUAUUUAUGAACUUUGGUUGCGUCACCAUGUAAUCAAAUACUAAUUUGUUGAUUUAUUAAUGGAUGUAGUUCCUCUUCACCUUUGCACACGCAAAACGCUAAAAUCUUGUAGUUUAUGUACAUGCUGGUAAAUUUUUUUGCAAAUUAUUUCAACUAUUAGUUUGUUCUUUACAUACGGCUUAACCUUGUAUUCAGAAAAAAAGGUAAAAGAGUUGGCUUGUAAACUGGCUAGCUUGAACUGACAAAAUCCACAUUACAAACAAUUUGAUUCAAGGUCACGCAUUGCAAAGCUCAAGUUUGAUCGUCAAGACUUCUUUGGUUAUGGAUGGCAGGAUGAACUUCUGCUGAUUGUUAGCUCAGAUACUGUAAUGUUGAGGUAUGUCUUGAGUUGGAUGACUUUUUGAAUAACCAUUUUAUCAUUGUCAGGAUACAUCAUCUUACAAAAGAGUGGAAGAGGAUAAGGAAUUUGAAAGACAAAGCAGAAGUCACAUCUUGUCGAAGCAGCUAUUGGUUCCACUUCAGCCGGUUAAGUUGGGUUGGUCCUUGUGUUAGGAUUCCGGGCCAUGCCUGGCUAGCCCAUGGACCAGAUUCAUUUGGUACGGGUAUGACAAAAAAUAAGGAAAGGAGAAUGAUAAAAUAGUGGUGCUUUUCAAGUUCAGUUGGUAUCUCAGUAAAUCUUUUUAGAGAUAUAUAGUCUUUUUUUUUUCUUUUUUCUUUUUUGCCAAAAUUAGAGAUAUAUAGUCUAUUUUGCU